AUGAAUUUAACACAUCAUCUUCACCAUCACCACAGGCUGCAUUUAAUGCACCUGCGAAAUCACAGCUAUGGCUUGCAUGUCGGAGCCAAUGAGAGCGCUGAAAAGAACCAUCCCUCUGGAGGAUGCUAUGAGCAACUGUUUGUGAAACCCGAAGUGUUCGUAAUUCUUGGCAUUGUAAGCCUACUGGAAAAUAUUCUGGUGGUGGCAGCGAUAUCUCGAAACAAGAACCUGCAUUCUCCUAUGUAUUUCUUUAUCUGCAGCUUGGCUGUGGCUGACAUGCUUGUGAGUGUAUCCAAUGGAUUUGAGACUGUUGUGAUUACUCUGUCCAACCAUACAGAUAGGAAGGCACAGAACCUCAUUGAGAACAUUGAUAAUAUCCUAGAUUCAAUCAUCUGCAGCUCCCUGCUUGCAUCCAUAUGCAGUCUGCUGUCUAUAGCAGUGGACAGGUACUUCACAAUUUUCUAUGCUCUUCAGUAUCACAACAUCAUCACAGUGAAGCGAACAUUUAUAAUUAUCACCUGUAUUUGGACAGCAUGUAUGAUCUCUGGUGUGUUGUUUAUUGUAUAUUAUGAUAGCAAUGUGGUCAUCAUUUGCCUAAUCAGUAUAAUCUUCACUAUGCUUGCACUCAUGGUAUCUCUGUAUGUGCACAUGUUCAUGCUGGCCAGGUUACAUAUGAAAAGGAUUGCAGUUUUACCAAGAACUAACACCAUACGCCAAGGAGCCAACAUGAAAGGAGCGAUCACAUUAACUAUCUUGCUGGGAGUUUUUGUAGUCUGUUGGGCUCCUUUCUUUUUGCAUUUAAUUUUCUAUAUCUCUUGUCCCCACAACCCUUAUUGUGUAUGUUUUAUGUCACACUUCAAUAUUUAUCUUAUUCUUAUCAUGUGUAAUUCUGUCAUUGAUCCUUUUAUUUAUGCUCUGCGCAGCCAAGAGUUAAGAAAAACCUUUAAGGAAAUGAUCUAUUGCUACUGUAUGUCAAGUUUGUGUGAGCUUGCAGGCCGUUAUUAA